GAGAAACUUUCUGACUCACUCCGUUUCCAACUUUGAAAAGGAAGUUCCACCUCUUCCCCAGACGCGGUCUUUCUUCUGGACUGGACUAGAGCAGCAGCAGCAGCAGAGACACGGUGUCAACAGCAACAGCCCGGGCCGUGUGUGUGGGUGUGAUGCUGAUUUGUCUUUUUUACCCUUUUGUCUAAACGUGGCGGCAGAGACGGCGGAGGAGGGCAGUUCUCAGCAGACUGUUGUAGAGGACGUUGUUUUCUUCACUCCGACCCGUUUGCCAAAGAAAGCAGCUCUGACCAAAGAUCACAGGCUGUGAUCCAGGAGCGACGCCGUGAACCUCGGUCCUUUUUCCAACUUCAGUUUAAACCAUGAGCUGCGACUGACGGUGACUCGGCCUCCCUCCCUCCCCCCCGCCUCACCUCCUCGCCCCGAUACUCCCCAAGAUUAAAUUUGCGGUGGGAAGGCACAGACGUGGAGAACAUCAUGGAUGUGAAGAAGAAGGAGAUGGAUCUGCUCAGCAACAGCAUCGCUGCUUACGCACACAUCAAAGCCAACCCAGAGAGCUUCGGACUCUACUUUGUUCUCGGGGUUUGUUUCGGCCUGGUGCUGACCCUGUGCCUCCUGGUCAUCCGCAUCUCCUGUAAACCACGGACCGCCGUGGCCUCGUCCACCCCUGAGAAGAAACAGUUGAAGGACAUGAGUGACGAGGAGGAGAGUGAGGACGAUGAUGAAGAAGAAGAAGACAACGACGGUGAGGACGUGGAGGCCCCCGUCCUCGUACCCACCACAGAGACCCCCCUGGGCAACCACAACAGCCAAUCGGACGGGAUGCUGAGUGUCAACGUCUUCACUUCGGCCGAGGAGCUGGAGCGAGCGCAGAGACUGGAGGAGAGAGAGCGCAUCAUACGUGAGAUCUGGAGGAACGGUCAACCGGACAUCCUGGGCUCGGGGACCGGGACCCUCGGGAGAGUCCAUUAUUACUAAAACCCUAACAGGACCAACACGGACUGUUGACGGGACCUGGCGUCCCCGAAGCCUGGCGCCAACCUGUGUUUGAGACACAAACGACAAACACUGAUGAGCUCCGUUUGAUCCAAUGGGAUCUGACGAAGUUCAAGACUUUGCACUUUUUUCAUAGAGGAACUCUAUUUUGAACUGAUGUCAUGGACUUCUAACCAGAACUAUUCUGAACUAACAGAACCACGUUGUCAGUGGGAGAUUGAAAAGAAUAUUUAAAGUGUGGUAACCCUAACUUGGGGGGGGGGGCAGUAGUACAUUAACUGAUUGAAUUAAAGUUUGAAGUUAACGGGAACAUCGUUUGCACUCAAAUAUUUUAUAUUUGUAUGAUGUUAUAAUAAUGUAUAAUAAUAUUCAAAUUUACCUUAAAUUCAGCCAGUCAGUAAGGGGGGUGGGGGGGGGGGCAUCUCCUAGAACAGCCAGAGCACCUGGGGAGGCGGCACACAUCUGGAAACAGCCACAUUUCAGUAAGAUUAAUUUUUUUUUUUUUUUAAAGUCUUGUCAUACACAGCACACCCUUCAGAGAACUUUAAAUAACGUUGAUUUACAUUUACAGGUGAUACAUUCCCACUAUUUUUUUUUAUAUAUAAUUCAUAAAAUGUUUAAAAUGAACUUGUAUGUUUUAACUUGAUGUUUUAAAAAAAAUAACCCGGGCCUGAUAACAGUACCGUAGAACUGUUCUACCUGCCGUCUCUGGUGUAAACGUCUCAAAAGAAUUAAAGAAACAUGAACGCUAAAAAAAA